ACAGGUGAGAUGCCAUUUCAAUGUCCUUCAUGUCUUCGGAGCUUCUCACGUAAGGCCAGCCUUAUAAUCCACCUGCGCACUCACACAGGCGAGAAGCCAUAUCAGUGUCCUUCAUGCUCGCGGAGCUUUUCAGAAAAGUACAACCUUAUGAGACACAUGCGCAUCCACACAGGUGAGAGGCCAUAUCAGUGCCCUUCAUGCUCUCAGAGCUUCUCGGAAAAGGGCAAUCUUAUGAAACACCUGCGCACCCACACGGGUGAGAAGCCAUAUCAGUGCCCUUCAUGCUCGCAGAGCUUCUCAGAAAAGGGCAACCUUAUAAAGCACCUACGCACCCACACAGGUGAGAGGCCAUAUCAGUGUCCUUUAUGCUCUCUGAGCUUCACACAUAAGCGCCACAUGAAAAACCACCUGCGCACCCACACAGGUGAGAAGCCGUUUCAUUGUCCUUCAUGCCUUAAGAGCUUCAUACGAAAGACCAGCCUGACAUGCCACCUACGAACCCACACAGGCGAGAAGCCCUAUCAGUGCCCUUCAUGCUCUCGGAGUUUCUCGUUAAAGGGUGCCCUGAACAUACACCAGCGCAUUCAUACAGGUGACCGGCCAUACAGUUGCACCGUCUGUUCCAGGUCCUUUACGCAGUCUAAUCACUUGAGCAGACAUAAGAGAGCACAGCACCCUGAUAGUGUAGGGUAGGUCGACAACCAUGUUAAAGUAGAGUUCGAAUUAAAGAUCUACAGAUGUGUGGCUUGCUGCAUAGCAUUGUACUGCAUCAAGUAACACAAGUGUCUUCAUGUGCCCUUAAAGGGGCCCUGAAACACUUUUUUUCGGGUCACCAUAUUUGCUCUAGAUCUUUUCGCAGCAUGUCAUAGAACAUACAGUAAAAGAAAUUAUGAAAAGUGACCCACACAACGCUGUUAUAGCUGAAAAAUAAUUAAAUAUACAGUUAAACCUUAAUAUAAUGAAGACAAUAAAAUCAGCAAUUUGCUUUGCUAUAUUGUGAUAUUUGAUUAUUGAAGAAGUACAUUCAAUAGUUCUUUCGAUCUCAAACAUUACUGUUUGCAUGCCCAUACAAAAUAUGUAUGUUCAAUGUAAUAUUUAAUAUUAUACUACAAAUGCCUGAAUGAUCUGCUUUCUAAGUUUUGUGUUCUUGUUUUGUUCUUUUCAGUAUUUUCUUUUGGUACAUAUGAACAUGUUCUGUUAGACCCAUUUGCCUCUAUGUUCUGGUAUACAUGGUUCAUCUUAGAGAGACUUUGAUCUUAUUCUAUUCACACAUUUUUUUUUUACAGAUGAAUACUUUUUUAGAGCAGUUGAUUGUUCGAAAGUUAGCUUUCCACUGUCUGUUUCAUCAGAGCACCAAAUAAAAUACUGUUUAAUAAGUA